AAUAUGGAGAACUCUAUAUCUGGUAUGAUUGAGGAACAAAAUGAGUACGUCGGCUAUAAUUCCGAUGACUCUGAAAUGGAGGAAAAUUUGCAGCACGAAGACGGCUGGAGCGAAGACGAGUUUGAUAUUGCGUACGAUGAAUUUGAUAAUGAUGAGAACCAUGGUGAACACAUAGACGAUCAAAAUGAUGAGAACCAUGGUGAACACACAGACAGUCUAAAUACUAGUGAGGCACAAUUUGACACGCAGCUUGAGUACGACUAUUACGGUGAAUCUGACUUGGACACGGGCCAUACUGAUGAUGUGGAAGGUGCAUCAGUUCCUGAGGAUUCUGUUGACAUGAGCCAGGUUGUUAUCUCUUUUUUAUCAGCGACGCCAAGCGCUAGUCAGCCUAAGAAAACACAGAAAGGUAGCAAUGGCAAUGAAUAUCCUGAUAAUAAUCGGGAUUUAUACUGGAUGAUAAAAGAGAUGACUUUUAUUUCUGAAGCAGCAGCAUUUUCUUUCUACAACAGAUAUGCUAAAGAUUAUGUGUUCAGCGUCCGGCUGGACCAGGUUAAGCGGUUUGAUGAUGGAUCACGUAGGGAUUACCAGGACUACGGAGAUGUGCUGGUGUUUGAUAACACAUACAAGAUGAAUAAAUAUAAGAUGCCAUUUGUUCCUUUUGUGGGCUUGAACAACCACCGUAGGACAACGGUUUUUGGGUGUGCCAUCCUUUCAAGCGAGAAUGAACAAACAUAUGUUUGGCUUCUAAAGACCUUUCUCAAAGCGAUGUGUCAACAGAAGCCAAAGGCAGUAAUCACGGAUGCAGAUGCCGCGAUGAUCGGCGCAAUCGGCAAAGUAUUUUCUGGUGUGUCGCAUCGCAUCUGCAGCUUCCACAUUGAAAAAAAUAUGGAGAUGCAUCUACCUAACAAGUCACUGAACGAGUUCAGGAAUCUUCUGUAUUACACCACCUCAGAGCAAGUAUUUGAGGAGCGAUGGCAUGCAUUUUACAGAAAAUGGCAAUCCCCAAAAACCAGAACAUGGAUGAAGAGGAUGUACAACAAGAGGAAACUUUGGGCUGCAGCGUAUCUCUCUGAAGGAUUCUGGCUGGGUAUGAAAAGUAACCAGCCUAGUGAAAGUUUAAACUCUUGUCUACACCUGCACCUAGAUGGGGAAAUGACAAUUGUUGAUAUGAUUAUGCACUACGACAACGCAAUUGUCCGUCUCCGUGAGAACGAAGCCCACAACGACUGCACGGCUUCGCAGACUACACCAGUGCCAAUUACUAAUUUCAGAGAACUAGAGGUUGCUGCUGCAAAAAUCUUCACUCCUGCUGUGUUCUAUAUUAUUCAAGGAAUGUGCUGCAACAGGAAAGGUACUUCUUUCAUAGUUAUCUAA